AUGGGGAUGGGAGACAAGGGGACGCGGUUUUCAGGAAAACCCCGUGUUUUAGGAAACGCUCCCAGGCAAGGGCGCGUGUUUCCGGAGACCCGGAGCCGUCCGGGAGGGAGACGAGACCCGCGGAGGCGCGGAUUCACCCCCGCACCGCGGGCCGCGGCCGGGUCGCCGGGAGCGCGGGUCCGGGUCCCGCUGGGCUCGGUCCGGGCCGCUCGGGCCCCGCGCGGCCUCGCGGUGCAGGCGGCAGGUGCGGCGGGAAUAACGCGGCUCCGGCGCCCCCGCCCGACAAGGUCGCGCCCCGGCCCGGCUCAGACUCGGGUCCCGCGUCGUCCUCGGCGGCCGAGAAGCUCCUGCGCGCGUGGACCGAGGGCGCCCGUCGGUGCCUGGCGCCGCGGUUGGCACGUGUCCCCGAACGCGCAGGUGUCAAGCCGCGGCCUUCAAAGCGACAUCUUCGCGCCCUUCCUCCUGGUCACUGCUUCUCCCACUCGUGUUUCGCGAGAAAACCUGCGAACCGAAUCGGCGGCGCCACGGCCACCUCGGGGGCGUCGGAGUCACCGGGCGGGGGGCGGGGGGCGCCUUCCUCGUGCAACCCCAGCGGCUUCAAGCACCAAGAUCCGCCCAAGGGUGACUUCUGAGGCGACUCGUGGGGGCCUUGACCGUGACCCCGAACCGCCCCAGCCCGACGGCGGGAUCCGCGCAUCCUCCGCCCCCAGCAGGAGGCAAGCAGGGUCCGAGGACGUCCAGGGUCUUCAGCUGCGGAGCGCGGCGCGGGCGGCCCAGGUGCGCCCGGGGCACAUCAGGGCCUAG